GACCAGCGAUGACCUUCCACUGCGGAAAAGAGCCGGAAAAAAAAAAAUAUUAUAUGUUUUAUUUUGAGCAUCCGAAUGCACCACCACCAGCACCAAGGAUACUUUGGCCGAAGAAGUCGAUGAUAGAUGAGGCAGCCGCAGUGCGUGAAGUUAAGAGUGGCUUCAGGGCAAGAGGGACAGAGUCGAAGAGAAGGACUACAUGCAUUUCAAUCGAAAGGCCUACAGAGACCUAGUUGUGGAUCCAGGUUGGAAAGUGACGACAAAGCCGCAUGACGAAUGUGGCUUUCCUGAUCCCAGCAAAACGGAUUGGAAUCAUCCUGAGAAACGUUUCAGAACACUACUAUUGGUGCAUGGGUGGCUUGCCAGGCAUCGAGCGAGGUCUCCUCCUCAAGCCUUCCAUAGAUCCGCCUCAAGAUCCGCCGCCCAAAACACCACCCAUCGCCCUGGAAUCUGCUCUCAAAGAUCGCCAUCGCCCAUUCAAGCCUCGGUCGCCUUCGCGAUCUCCUGCCCGGCCGCCCGCGCGAUCUGCUCGGUCGCCUGCGCGGACUCCUUCGCAAAAAGUCCGACCACGGUGGGGGGGAGGAGGCUUCAAACAGCUCGACGGCGGAGUCGCACUCGCACCCCACCCAGCCAGCAGGGUUCGCGAUCCAACCCGGCCCUGGACACCAUGUCCGGUUCGCUCUUCGCCUCAGUGGCACCGGACGCCAACGAGCAGAUCAUGUGGGCGGUGCUGAGGGCGCUUAGAAGGUGGAAGGAUCAUCGAAGGAUCCGAUGACUUGGUGCUUAGAUCCACCUUCCUUGGGGUGUUGAGCAGCUCGUGGAAGGAUCUAUCAAAGGACCUGACCAACUUCUUAGGUCCUGCAGGCGUGUGAAAUUGAACUCGCACCAGAGAUCCUGGAGAAGAUUCAAUGCCUCCAGCGGCCAAUUGACAUGUAGACCUGCGGUCGCCUGCGGUUUCCCGCCCAGUUCCGGGUUCCGAAGUCUCUUCGACGCAGCGAGAACUGGUGAAAAGGACUCCAGCUUCGUGUUUCAGGUGCUGCCC